AUGGCCUCGCCGGCAUGCACGAUCGAGAAGUUCUCCGCAGUGGAGGGUCUCGCCACACCUAAAGACCGUUCUCAGCGUACUAACCUUUUCACAGAUAUCAAAGUGGACAGUAUUCUCUUUGACUGUGACGAAACACCUGACGAUCAAGUUGUCAUCAAGAAUGUCCAAAUCUCAGACCUGGAGGAUGUUGUUGUUGUACCAUCUCGGAAAUGGCCCAGAUGCCCUUUGUGUGGGAAUGCAAUCUAG